CUUACUUAGAAAAUGGAUGUGAUGGCACCUCCAGAGGAAAUCAACAUAACACACGAAAACAGAGAAGACUAUGUUUAUUCGUCUGCCGACCGCAUACUACUUACAGGAAUAAUACCAUGUGUCGUCUGCUUUGGUGUUAUCAGCAACAUCGGAGUGAUAACGAUGUUUUUAAGGCUAAAGUCAAUGAGAACGGUUCCAAACGUCUACCUACUUUGUUUAGCCAUAGCCGACUUGGUGUAUCUGCUAAACGCACCGCUUUUGUUCUGGAUCGAAUACGCUAAUAGUCCUAUUCAGGGAGAUAGCUCAUCUAUUUCACUAAGUUUUUGCAAGAUAAAUACGUUCAUAGUCGACACAGCAUACGCAGUCUCAUGUUUGACUAUCGCUAUGGCAACCCUGUGGUGUUACAUUGCUAUAUGCCAUCCGUUUUUCUUUAUGACGUUUUCACGAAACAAGGCCAUGACGCACUGUAUAUUGCUUUGGCUGGCGGUAGCCACGUUCAAUACUAGUCGAAUUAUCUACAUGCAAAUGUACGAAUAUCGUCUCAUUUGGAAUGAAUUUGAUGAAUUUGUGAACAUAACUAGCAUUAAAACUUUUAAUUAUUGUCAUGAUUGUUCAUUUAAGACCGUUUUCAUAAUCGAACAGAUAAUUUUCCUCUCUGUUGCGCUAAUCCUCGUUAUCAUGUACGCACGCGUCAUAAUCCAUAUAAAAAAUCUAACUAAUCGAAGGAACGAAUUGGUAUCAUGUGACGUUUCCAAUUUUAUGUCUGCAAAGAGGAAACUUGUUCGUAUGGUGCUAAUAACUGUGUCUGUUUACAUAUUCUGCAUCUGGCCUUUUCGUCUCCUAAGUCUUAUUAUAGAUGCUGGUGCCGAAGUGAAUAUUGAAUCAAGUUCAAUAAUUGUCACUACUGCCCGAGUUUUUAUGUACCUCAAUUCUUCUGUCAACCCUCUAAUUUACAGCGUAACGCACGAAAAGUACCGUAGAGCAAUGCUGAUGGUGAUUCGAUGCGAAAUCGAGGUGGUUCAUCCUUUGAGACGACAGAGUACACGACAAACGGCCGUCUAAUCAUUAAGGAGAUUUUUAUUUAUUACAUUUGCUAGCAAACGGAAAUGGUUAAUUGAGCAAUAAAGAUGUAUGCUACUUUGUAAUGAACCUUUCUGAUGAACGCAUAGCCGCAUCCGUUGGAUAUUAUUGCUAAGGUCCCGCAAAAUGAAAGCGUAAACAUACGUUACAAACACGUUAACUUUAACGUUAGUACCCAACAUGCAACGUGAUAGCUCCGCCCCUUUUUGUAAACGAAUCGAAAGACGCAUGCGCAAACCCGUAACUAACGUACGU